CCCACUGGUUUUGUCGCCUUCAGGAUUCUCGAGCCCCUUCAGGACCGUCACCAUGGAGUUGUCACCGCUGCAGCCUGUAAAUGAAAAUAUGCUAAUGAACAAAAAGAAGAAUGAAGAUGGCAAGAAAAGAUUGUCUAUUGAAAGAAUCUAUCAGAAAAAAACUCAACUGGAACAUAUAUUGCUCCGCCCAGAUACCUACAUUGGCUCUGUGGAGUUAGUGACCCAGCAAAUGUGGGUUUACGAUGAAGACGUUGGCAUUAACUACAGGGAAGUCACUUUUGUUCCUGGUUUGUAUAAAAUCUUUGAUGAGAUUCUAGUUAAUGCUGCUGAUAACAAACAAAGGGACCCAAAGAUGUCUUGUAUUAGAGUCACAAUUGAUCCUCCAGACACAGGACUACAAAACAUGAAACUUAGCAGAUAUGGUGGUCGAAAUGGCUAUGGAGCUAAACUGUGUAACAUAUUCAGCACCAAAUUUACUGUGGAAACAGCCAGUAGAGAAUACAAGAAAAUGUUCAAACAGACGUGGAUGGAUAACAUGGGGAGAGCUGGUGACAUGGAACUCAAGCCCUUUAGUGGAGAAGAUUAUACAUGCAUCACCUUCCAGCCUGACUUAUCUAAGUUUAAAAUGCAAAGCCUGGACAAAGAUAUUGUUGCACUGAUGGUCAGAAGAGCAUAUGAUAUCGCUGGCUCCACUAAAGAUGUCAAAGUCUUUCUUAAUGGAAAUAGGCUGCCAGUGAAAGGGUUCCGGAGUUAUGUGGAUUUGUAUUUGAAGGAUAAGGUAGAUGAGACUGGGAACUCACUGAAGGUGGUACAUGAACAAGUCAAUCCCCGGUGGGAAGUGUGCUUAACGAUGAGCGAGAAAGGCUUUCAGCAGAUUAGCUUCGUCAACAGCAUUGCUACUUCUAAGGGCGGCAGGCAUGUCGAUUACAUAGCUGAUCAGAUUGUGGGUAAACUUGUUGAUGUGGUGAAAAAGAAGAACAAGGGCGGCGUUGCAGUGAAGGCUCAUCAGGUGAAAAAUCACAUGUGGAUUUUUGUAAAUGCCUUAAUCGAAAACCCAACCUUUGACUCUCAAACAAAAGAAAACAUGACUUUACAAGCCAAGAGCUUUGGAUCAACAUGUCAAUUAAGUGAAAAGUUCAUCAAAGCUGCAAUUGGUUGUGGUAUUGUCGAAAGCAUACUAAACUGGGUGAAGUUUAAGGCUCAAAUCCAAUUGAACAAGAAGUGUUCAGCUGUAAAACAUAACAAAAUCAAGGGAAUCCCCAAACUUGAUGAUGCCAAUGAUGCAGGGAGCCGAAACUCUACUGACUGCACACUUAUCCUGACUGAGGGAGACUCAGCCAAAACUCUGGCCGUUUCAGGCCUUGGAGUGGUUGGAAGAGACAAAUAUGGGGUGUUCCCACUUAGAGGAAAAAUGCUCAAUGUGCGGGAAGCCUCUCAUAAACAGAUCAUGGAAAAUGCUGAAAUUAACAAUAUCAUCAAGAUUGUGGGUCUUCAGUACAAGAAAAACUAUGAAGAUGAAGAUUCAUUGAAAACUCUUCGUUAUGGGAAGAUCAUGAUUAUGACAGAUCAGGACCAAGAUGGUUCCCACAUCAAAGGCUUGCUGAUCAAUUUUAUCCAUCACAAUUGGCCAUCUCUUCUGCGACAUCGUUUUCUAGAAGAGUUUAUCACUCCCAUUGUAAAGGUGUCCAAAAAUAAGCAAGAAAUAGCAUUCUAUAGUCUUCCCGAGUUUGAAGAAUGGAAGAGUUCGACUCCAAAUCAUAAAAAAUGGAAAGUCAAGUACUACAAAGGUUUGGGUACCAGCACAUCAAAGGAAGCUAAGGAAUAUUUUGCAGAUAUGAAACGACAUCGUAUUCAAUUCAAAUACUCUGGCCCUGAAGAUGAUGCUGCGAUCAGCCUGGCCUUUAGUAAAAAACAAGUCGAAGAUCGAAAGGAAUGGUUAACUAAUUUCAUGGAAGACAGAAGACAGCGGAAGUUACUUGGCCUUCCUGAGGAUUAUUUGUAUGGACAAACCACCACGUACCUGACCUAUAAUGACUUCAUAAACAAGGAACUUAUCCUCUUUUCAAACUCUGAUAAUGAAAGAUCUAUCCCAUCUAUGGUAGAUGGUUUGAAACCAGGUCAGAGAAAGGUUUUGUUUACUUGUUUCAAACGGAAUGACAAGCGAGAAGUGAAGGUUGCCCAGUUAGCUGGGUCAGUGGCAGAAAUGUCCUCUUAUCACCAUGGUGAGAUGUCACUUAUGAUGACCAUUAUCAAUUUGGCUCAGAAUUUUGUGGGUAGCAAUAAUUUGAACCUUUUACAGCCCAUUGGUCAGUUUGGUACCAGGCUGCAUGGUGGCAAGGACUCAGCUAGUCCUAGGUACAUCUUUACAAUGCUCAGCCCUUUGGCUCGGUUGUUGUUUCCUCCAAAAGAUGAUCACACAUUACGGUUUCUAUAUGAUGACAACCAACGUGUUGAGCCUGAAUGGUACAUUCCUAUAAUACCCAUGGUGCUGAUAAAUGGUGCUGAGGGAAUUGGUACUGGGUGGUCCUGCAAAAUCCCCAACUUUGAUGUUCGUGAAGUUGUAAAUAAUAUCAGACGGCUUUUGGAUGGAGAAGAGCCUCUGCCCAUGCUCCCAAGUUAUAAGAAUUUCAAAGGUACUAUUGAAGAACUGGCUUCAAAUCAGUAUGUGAUUAAUGGAGAAGUAGCUAUUCUGGAUUCUACAACCAUUGAAAUCUCAGAGCUUCCCAUCCGAAUGUGGACUCAGACAUAUAAAGAACAGGUUCUAGAACCCAUGUUGAAUGGCACUGAGAAGACACCCCCUCUAAUAACAGACUAUAGGGAAUACCAUACAGAUACCACUGUGAAGUUUGUCAUAAAGAUGACUGAAGGAAAAUUGGCAGAGGCAGAGAGAGUCGGACUACACAAAGUCUUCAAACUCCAGACUAGUCUCACUUGCAACUCUAUGGUGCUUUUUGACCAUGUAGGUUGCUUAAAGAAAUAUGACACUGUGUUGGAUAUUCUAAGAGACUUCUUUGAGCUCAGGCUUAAAUAUUAUGGAUUAAGAAAAGAAUGGCUUCUAGGAAUGCUUGGUGCGGAAUCUUCUAAGCUGAAUAAUCAAGCUCGCUUUAUAUUAGAGAAAAUAGACGGCAAAAUAGUCAUCGAAAAUAAACCUAAAAAAGAAUUAAUUAAAGUUCUGAUUGAGAGAGGAUACGACUCUGACCCUGUGAAGGCCUGGAGAGAAGCUCAGCAGAAGGUUCCAGAUGAAGAAGAAAAUGAAGAAAGUGACACUGAAACCAGCACCAGCAACUCUGCAGCAGAGUCUGGCCCAACCUUCAACUACCUUCUCGACAUGCCCCUGUGGUAUCUAACCAAGGAGAAGAAGGAUGAGCUGUGCAAACAGAGAAACGAGAAAGAACAAGAGCUCAACACAUUAAAGAAAAAGAGUCCAUCAGAUCUAUGGAAGGAAGAUCUGGCUGUUUUUAUUGAAGAACUGGAGGUUGUCGAAGCCAAGGAAAAACAGGAUGAACAAGCAGGCCUUCCUGGAAAGGUGGGGAAAACAAAGGGGAAGAAAGCGCAGAUGGCCAGUGAAGUCCUGCCUUCUCCUCGGGGAAAAAGAGUCAUUCCCCAAGUGACUGUAGAGAUGAAAGCUGAGGCAGAGAAGAAAAUUAGGAAGAAAAUUAAGAGUGAAAACAUUGAGGGUACCCCAGCUGAGGAUGGUGUGGAAACAGGAAGCCUACGGCAACGAGUAGAGAAGAAGCAGAAGAGAGAGCCAGCAAAAGCCAAAUUCACAGUGGAUUUAGACUCCGAUAAAGAUUUCUCAGAUUCAGAUGAAAAGGAUGAGGAUGAAGAUUUCCUCCCAUUAGAUGCUACUCCACCUAAGACCAAAAUCCCCCCAAAAAAUACUAAAAAAGCACUGAAGCCCCAGAAAAGCUCCACAUCGGUAGUUGAUCUUGAAAGUGAUGUUAAGGACAGUGUGCCAGCUUCUCCAGGCGCUCCUGCUGCUCCUGCUGCUGACUUCCCAGCUGAAACUGAACAGUUAAAGCCAUCCUCCAAAAAGACUGUGGGAGUGAAGAAGACAACGACCAAAAGCCAAUCUUCAGUCUCCACUGCUGGUACCAAAAAGAGAGCUGCGCCAAAGGGAACCAAAUCAGAUUCAGCCUUGAGUACUCAUGUCUCUGAAAAGCCUGCUCCUGCCAAAGCCAAGAACAGUCGCAAAAGGAAGCCAUCUUCUUCUGAUAGCUCUGACUCUGAUUUUGAGAAAGCAAUUUCUAAAGGUGCCACGAGCAAGAAAUCGAAGGGAGAGGAACAGGAUUUCCGUGUGGACUUAGAAGACACUAUGGCUCCUCGAGCCAAAUCUGGACGAGCGAGGAAGCCAAUUAAGUACCUGGAGGAGUCAGAUGAUGAUGAUGAUGACCUCUUCUGA